UGUUACACUCAACCGGAAUUCUUUCCCAGCACAAGCCUCCUUUAAUCAAGUUUGGUUUGAAGCCUACCGGUCCUUCUCGAUCCGACGCACUGAGGUUUUUUCUGUAGUUUGGGUGUUGAGGGUCUGCUGUCGUGGGGGUUUCCUCGUGUCGGUGGGCCGAUGUCGGCUCUCGGUGAAACACUGAAAGCAUUGUGUCAUCUGUACUGCUGAAGCUGUUUGAUGAAGCCCGUAUCUCUUCUGGGAGAGCCGCUGGUGGAAUAUAUUAUUGGUUUCUGCAGCCGCUGGACAGCCGCUGGCCUCUUUCUGUAGCUGUGCAGUAAAUGACCGUUUAGUGUCUUGCCGAGGUGCUGAAGGACCGUAGGACGUGAUGUGGUCGUGUCUGAAGUGUGUGGGGAUCGGCAAGGUGAAACGGAAAACAGGCAUGCGUGAAACCGCCUCUAACGCCGACUCGGACUUGUGCCCGGACAAUGGUGAACGUCUGUACGACCUAAACCUUCCUGCACUUGUCAAAUUCAGCUACACGGCCGAGCGGGAAGAUGAGUUGUCGUUGGUUAAGGGCACAAGGGUCAUCGUCAUGGAGAAGUGCAGUGAUGGCUGGUGGAGGGGGAGCUACAACGGCCAUUCAGGAUGGUUCCCAUCCAACUACGUGACGGAGGAUGCAGAUGGAUCGGCGAGCAACGACUCUGCCGGCUUGUCUGAGAAAUUGGCUGCUGUUGUUCAUAGUGCGAACGGCAACCGGGUGCUGCACACAGUACAGGCACUCUACCCGUUCAGCUCGGGCAACGAUGAAGAGCUGAACUUUGAGAAGGGGGAGGUUAUGGAUGUUGUGGAGAAGCCAGAAAACGACCCAGAGUGGUGGAAGUGUCGCAAAGCCGAUGGGCAGAUGGGACUUGUGCCGAAGAACUACGUGACUGUUCUGCAGGAGUCGCACAACUCAGCCAGCAUGGCCGGGCCGCCCACACCUGACUGUGACUACAUUGAGCCUUCAUCCAGCGGACGUUUCGCUGGCAAGCAGUGGUACUAUGGGAAGGUGACGCGUCAUCAGGCAGAGGUGGCACUCAACCAGAGGGGCACAGAGGGAGACUUUCUUAUCCGGGACAGUGAGUCCUCACCCAAUGACUUUUCAAUAUCGCUGAAAGCUCAGUCCAAAAACAAGCAUUUCAAAGUCCAACUGAAGGACAACCUGUACUGCAUCGGACAACGCAAGUUUAACUCAAUGGAGGAGUUGGUGGAACACUACAAAAAAGCGCCCAUCUUCACCAGCGAACAGGGCGACAAACUCUACCUGGUCAAGGCUCUGGCUGCCUCCUGAUCCAAGUAGAAAGAAUAUCCAGUUAACAAUGACUACACUUCCAGACAGACUGGGAAUAUCAAGCAUUCCAAGAAAGGGAGGUACAGGGAGAGAUGGACAAUGGACUCCCGUUCAUUCGCUCAGAAACUUGCUUGAAUUUCAUUGAGGGACACGCCCAAUGUAUCAAAAUACAAAAAUGUUUAGACCAUAGGUGAUGCAGUGUAUUUUGAUGUCAACAUGUAUUAGAAUUACAACCUAGGUCUUCUUUUGUUAAUGUAUAUUCUUUUCAUUGAUUUCCAAAAUGUAUUUUUCAUUUGUUCUUUAACUUCCCUGCCAAUUUUUUUACUGUCAAUUCAAGUUUCUGCUAUUGGAAGUCCUGACUGCAGAAGAACUUUUCUCAACAUUUUUCAGAGGUCUCACAUACUGUCUUUUACUGCCUGCAAUGCCUGAACCACACAGAACUGUUGUAAUUUACAUAAUCUGCUAUAUUUAUUAGGAAUCAAUAUUUCUGCAAAAUGCUCCAACAAUAAAAGUGAGUGACCAAAACCAAUAUUCAGAAUUAGGCACAAUCAUUUUGGGAUUAAUCUUGAACUAUAUUCUUGCAACUGCAUGUUUCCAACAUUAAAGUAUGAGGUCUCGUUAAGGAUGACAUCUGUAUUUAUGAGGGGUAAAGUUUCAGAAGUUCUGCUUCCGUGACAAUCAAGGUGCUUAUUAUUGUGGUUUGUCAGCUAGCUUUGACAAUAGAGUCCUACAUUUAUUCAGACAUCUUGGAACUGUCAGAAUCCAUGCCAUGCCAUAAAUAUGAUGUCUCCGCUUUGUCAAAGGGCUUAGCUGUGAUUAAUGUCUUCUACUAGACAUUUAUUUGAAUUUGGGAGUUUGUGCAAGAUUUGCAGAUCUUCAUUGGAGCCUGAAUUGCAAUGCCAUGACUGAAGAUUAAAGAAAAUUAAACCAAAUUUGUGUACACAAUAGGUCUUUUAUGAUUCAGUGUUUUACUAAUAAAAACAGUCUUUCAUGAUCAAGGCUGCA